CAGCGUGCGGAAGAUGACAGAUUACUUCGCAAAGGCCGACACCCCUUCGCCUUCCAUAGUCACGCCAGAUCGAGCUGAUAAGAAUGCAAGCAUGUACAAGAGCAGACAGACAUGUAUAUCAGGUUCACACAUACACAAAUCUAAGGUAUCAACAGCGCUGAAAGCAUCGCAGAAACGUGCGCCUGUGAACUUUAUCUGCAUAGACGACGAUAACAGCAACGACAACAACAACGAUCAAAAAGAGAACCUAUGCCCCUCGACGUUGAAGGAGAAUAACGUCACUCCUGUGCUGAUGGAGGGUACUGCUACCAGGCAUUCGCCUCGGUUAAAGGCCAAUAAUCCCACGCGCACACCUGUGGCUGGAGUCGACACUCAAGCUAAGGGAACGUCUAGCCUUAAAGUCCCCCGUUGCCGCACUCGCACAGCUAUAUCCACCGAAUCACCCACACCAACGGCUGCUCGGAGUUUAUCAUACUCUGUGGCUUUAAACACAUCUACACCCGCAACUGGAAAAGACAAUGCACUGGAUACUCAUGAUAUGGAACGGCGAUCUGUGUCUACAUCCAAGAGUACGCAACAACAAGAGGGGUUGCGUACACGUUAUGGGUUGUCACGUACUAGCAUGUACGCCACACCGAGCGAAUUUGUGCCUCCUGCUCAAGUGGGCAGGCGAUCGACACGAGCCGUGAAGCGAAGUAAGAAGUGUGUGGACAACAGUGAGAAGGAGUUCGUUGAUGUGGACGCUGGAGUUGAGGUCGCCCCCGAAGAAAGUUCGGUACCAAUUACGGACACAGUUGAGAAGAGUCAGGAUAUCUCUCUGGGAGAUACUCAAUUAGAGGGCGAGCUCAAGUUGGAGGAGAGCUUGGAUAUAGCAAAUACACGCGCGCGCUUACGCACGCGGAAUACAUCCCGUACGCGGCAGUGUAAACGAUCGCGCUCUAACAAUAAAGUGCAGUCGAACGCUGAGAACGCGGACAAGGGGGCUAAUGGUAGUUCCAGUGCGGUGACAUCAGAAGGCGUGGAUAAGGAAUCGAGUGCUAAAAGUGCGAUGAAGGGAGUGGUCAGCGACUGUGAGGAUGAGAGUACUGGUGGGAAUGUCAAGGGACGUACCAUUGAGGGUACUGAUGGGAAGACACUGUAUGACCAAGCAGCUAGGCCCGAGCGCGUGACAGCAAAUAUAAGCUCGAGCACAUCGGAAGUGUCACCGAAAUCUAGUCAAGCGAAGCAGGGAGUGAAUAACAAAUUAAGCAGUACUAAAACUAAAGGUGAUAACAAGGGUACACUAGCCAAAGAAAUGGCGAGGAAAUCAGCCUCUAUGGGUGCACUGCUGAACCUGGUGGAACCAGACGAACUCGUAGGCGAUCUCAUCGAUUCUGCGGAAGAUAGCGCUAUGCUCAAUGCAAGUGUGAAUGGCGAGAGCGUAGCCGAGAGCGACUAUGUGAGCGCUGACGAGAGGCUGUCUGAUGCGUUGGGGGAUCAUAGCAGUACUGACGUAUCUGUGUUGUCGGCAUUUGAUGAAACGGUGAUAUCUGAUAAAAUCGAGAUGACGAAUAUCGCUGAUGAUGCCGAAGGCGUUGAGAAAGAUUCUGUUUUACAAGUUUCUAAGAAGAGAAUGAGAACUACAAGUAGUACACAAGUAGAUGACCUCGCGCAAAAGGAAAGUGUUGCAUAUAUAAAUGAAUCCCAAGCGGAGUCUGGAAGCAAAGGUGUGGAGUCAGGGAUCCAUAGCCCUAUACCUACAGCCAGGUCACAUACGACCGUCCAGAGCAUAGUCGAGGAACAUACGCAUUCGAACCCUACCCCAGUCGCUCAGCCUGUACCUGCACCUGAUAUCAUGAACAUCGAUAGUACAGAGAGCGACCCGACACUUAGUAAGAAGGCUGACCCCAAGACAGGCACAGAUGAUAGUACCACGGUCGCAAGCGACUCAAUGGCUGCUGCUAUGCUCAGCCUGAGUCGUCUAGCAGACCUUGAGGUAGCACACGCAACCGAGAGCGACAACAGUGAAGACGAUAGUGAUGAUGAUUUCCUGAAUGUGUCUCUGAGUAAACCCAGCUAUCUGAGCAAAGAGGAGCUGGAGCGCAUGGGAAUGGGUAGUGACAAUCCGGAUGUGAGUACGGGUACCUCUACGACGGGUGAUGGUGGUCUGUCGGUGAGUGGCGCGGGGGCUUAUACUACGGGCCGUCGUACGUUGCGAAGUCGGGACCAUCCCCAGAUCAAACCACUCACCAACAGAGCGCCCCUAUCCAACGCACAUGACAAAAGGGCAAAACGCAAGUCACGCAUCUCCAUCGACCACUUGCUUGAAGCCCAGAAAUGGCGGAGAAACGCGACGAUGGCGGAUUUUAAUGUAGACGAAACGUCGCGCACAAGUUUUAAUUUUGACGAGUUUGCAGAGCAGGUGGAUAACGAGGACCAAGCCACAAACACUGCGGCAGUAUACGAGACAUUGGGCCAGAACUCGGGGAAGGACGCGACGACGAAUACGGUGAUCAAGCAGGCACUGGAUAUGAAUGCGGGUGCGCUAGAAGAUAGGGAAUGGGAGGGCGAGAGUUUUUUUCCGCAGUCACCAUCACCACAGUAUGGUGUACCUCCAGAGCUGAAGCUUCUCGAGGACCAUGUUAACAGUCCCAUCAUCAAUUUUCUGUCAAUUUGUAAAGACUGGGAGAGCAUCGGGAUUGUUCUGUCUGCCUAUGACUUCAGAUCGCAGUGCGGACGGAUGGAUACAUUGUCGUGUGUGUACCUGGCUCGAUGGCUAGUGGGUGUAGUGGCCCGGGCGACUGACGGCGUCAUCGCUGCAUGCGGCACUCAAGCUGUGUGUGAGGUGCUUGUUACAUUCAAGGAUAACCUAGCCGGUAAGCUCUCAAUACUUACGCUGGUACGUGAGUGCUUUGCAGUCUUCGGAAUGGGUACUACUAGUACACCUAGCACUGUACAAGACAAGGAACCUGGAGAGGGUUCAGCCAACGAAGCUGACGGCCGGGUGUCCAAGAGCGAUUUUCCCAUUUCGAAUUUCAAGCACUUUAUGGAGGUGCUUUCCGCAAUCUUGUCACAGAGGGAUACAGCAAUCUCGUCGUCCGAUAGCUUAGACAUAUUGAAGCUGCUGUUACGAGCCUCUAUGGAUCGAAAAACACAUCCCGUGCUCCCUGAGUUGGUUGCAUGCCUUCACAAAUUGCUAGUUAUGUUUCCGGACAAGGAAACGGAAAUCGUGAACACCAUGCGGGCCGUAACCACCAGCAGUGAUGCCUCCAUCUUCAUAUGUACUUUAAUACCUUGGUCUCCGUUCGAAAGGAGGAUACGAGCCAAAUACGCGCUAUCGCACAGUUUGAGAUACUUUAGGAUAUGCAGAGCUGCAUCCAGGGUACCGCAAUCAGGUGAUAUCGCUGAAGAGACAAAUAUAGAUAUGGAGAAAGUUAGUGAAGGUGCAGCUGACAGUCCGAAGUACGACAAAGUCAGUUUACAGGAAGUGGUACUUGCUUUGGAGAAAGUGCGGAUAACGCCCACCACAGAUUACAGGAUGUUAUAUCAUGCAGUGUACCAUUUAAGUUUGGCGCUGGACCACAGUCAGAUCUCGGAAAGCGAUCAACGAAUAAUCUCCCUACAAGCUAAGAGACUGCCGGGAAAGAUCAAGGAUAUGCAAGGAAAAUAUCCGCUGCGUACGAAGAUAAAGGAUGUACUGAUAUUGCUGGAGAUUUGGAUAGGCCAAUGGAGGACACCUACCAUACCAGGCCACAAAAACAAAAAGCAGAAAACGCUAAUGCAAUUAUUUGAGUCAUAACGGAUAAUGUGUCCACUGUGAAUAUAAAUUACUAUAUAUAACAACCUGGAGUAAUAUAAAUAAUAACAACUGAA